UGCUUGAACCAGGCUGAAAUUCUAAGUUCGGUGAUGUGGGUCGCCUAUUGUUAACCCCUGCUCAACCUGUGGCUGCGGCGGUGGUGCUGGCUGAAACGCAGCAAGUGAUGAUUGCUGCUGAAUGGCUCUCCCAAAUUUCAAUUCCCAUUCAGCCUCGUCCUGCUAUUGUUCAGCCUCGCGUGGCAUUCCGCUGUUCUCCUGAUUGCCAAACCAACUCAUCAAGCUUCGCGUCUUGCUCCUCACCCGAAGCUCCUUCAUCGUGGGUUCAAGAUAUUCAAACUUGCUCCUCCGCCUUGAUUCCAUUCUGCACAUUCUUCACAAGCAAGCACGCGAGACUGAGAGAUCAGUCCAAUCCCUCCCUGUCACCUCGACAUACCCAAGUGUGCCACACCCCAACGCUUGUCAGCGGCUCAACCACCACCAUCGCGACAAGAUGACGAGCCAAAACCCAUCUACUCCUGUCAAGCUACCUUCAUCAGCGGCCAACUACACCUCCGCCACUCUCGACCCCGACCUCAGGUCUCAGAUCAACUCGAUACUACUAAAAGAAGGCUAUGUAACGAAGAUCCAAGACCGACUCCUGCACGCGCUUCACGCCCACCAGUCCAACUGGCCCACCGUCAUCCAGAACCACGCCCUCUCCCUCCUCCGUUCCGGCGAAGUAACCAGCUUCCCCGCACUCUUGCGCCGCGUUCUCGAAGACGUCCGACAAGACACGGCCCUCGCGCCCAGCAGUGCCAGCGCCAACGGCACCGCCUCUAAGUCUAUGAACGGCAAAACCUCGGAAGAAAACGGCGCCGUCACGGUCAACGGCAAAAAGAGCGACGCGACAAACGGGGCAAACAGCGCUAGCGCCAGGCCAAGCCUGGCCGUCCCCCAGACGGUGGUCGACGAAGCACUCAAGAUUACGCGCGAGUGUCUCGACUCGGUUUGCGAGAUCGACGAGAGCGGUGCGACCUGAUUAGGCAUAUUCAUUGUUUUGACCUGGCCCAGGCGAUCCGCGGGAAAACAGCACAGCACAAACAAGUUCAACCGCAUCACAUGUGUGUGGCCGACGAAGGAAGCAAGACAGCAGAGCUAGAGCAGCAGGACGUGAUCGGCGUGCAGAUGGUUUGAUUCUGUUUUGUCUGGUUUGGUUCGAACUUGUGCCACUCUCUCGCAACAAACACACGGAAAACCCACCGACACCGAUAACGAAACACUACCAUGCCAUACCAUAUUAGUUCAAGACGAUCAAAACGACAUUCGGGAUCACCUUGACUAAUCACUGCAACAACAUACAAGUGAUCAAAUCAUUGCUAGAGGAACCAUGGGGGAGGAAGGACUUGACAAGAAAAGCACAGAGGAAGAGAAAAAAUGGACGGAGAAGUCCGUUUCCUAGGUGUCGCCCAGGUUGUCAUGGGGAUGCAGCAGCGGAAGGAACUCCGGGUC